GCGCGCCGAUGGAGCCUAAUGCAGCGCGCAGGCCUGGCUCGGUGUGGAGGUGGAUUUAAACUGUGGCGGGUUCCGGAAUCUUGGUGUUGUGUUGCGCCGCGCGGCGAAUGGAGCCCGUCCUGAAAGGUAUCUCGGCAUUUGUAGAAGUUUGGUCAUCUAACAGAACAGAAAAUUACUCAGAAACCUUUGAACAGCAACUUCUUGAUAUGGGAGCAAAAGUUUCAAAAACUUUGAACAAGCACGUGACCCAUGUAGUCUUCAAAGAUGGACAUUUGGCUACGUGGAGAAAAGCACAGAAGAUGGGUGUAAAAAUAGUUUCUGUACUCUGGGUGGAGAGGUGUCGAGAAACUAGAGUACAUGUUGAUGAAGCCUUAUUUCCUGUGGUAGCUGCUAAUGAAGAAUUGCCACAACCAGUCAAAAAACACAAAUGUAUGCAGCCGAAAGACUUUGUUGAAAAAACUCCAGAAAAUGAUAGAAAGUUGCAGAAAAGAUUGGACCAGAUGGCUAAAGAAUUAGCCAUGCAGAAGAUAGCAGUUAAUGCUGAAAUUGAUGUACCAGUUCUACUAUUUGAAGACAAUGGUUCACUUGUAUACAGCCCUGUUAAUAAGGUGAAAGAUCAAUACAGUACAAUGGAAAGAAGAAUAAAGGAGAUGAAGGAAAAAAGAGAAAAUAUUUCCCCUACUGCUUCACAAAUGCCUCAGAUACUUCCAAGUAGUUCACCAGGAGACUGUCUGCUGCCUACUUGUGUCUUAACUAAUUCAGAAGAUGCAUUGUUACCAGGAGAACAAAUGGAAGACUGCUUGAACUCAAGCUUUGAUUGUCUUUGGGGAGCUGAUAAAUUAAAGAGACAGAAAACAGAGGUAGUAAAACCUGCCUGUGAUAGUUGGACUGAUAAUCCUAUAGCCAUGAUUGUGUCAGUGAAUUCUCCCUCACAAAGCUAUGAGCAGACUUGCUUAACACCAAAACAACGUAGCAAAAGCAGCUUAAGAAAAAAGCAGCUUUUUCAGCAUACUUUGGAUGAUAAACUGCCUUUAGAAAAGAAAGAUACAGAAAAGUUCCUGAAUAAAAAUCAGGAUGAAAAUAGCAAGACUACUUCAGUUGCAAAUGAAAGUUCUCUUCUCAAAAUAAAGGGCUUGGGUCAUCUUUCUCCUUCCAAAAAAAUGGCCAAGUUAAGUAAUGUUGCUGCUAUGAUUGACAGUCUCUCUAAUGCACCUAUGAGCAGCAUAAGCUUAAGUAAGUGUUCACUGGAUAGACGCUUCCCUGUUUACAGAAACAAUUGUAUCCUUAAAGACAAGAAGAGGAAAAAAUUAGAAAUACUGCCUAGUUUGAAACUGGCUACCUCAGAACUGGGUGCAUCAGGGUCUAAAGACUUCUGGCAAGCAGGUAGUACAGGUAGCAAGUCUUUUGGCUCUGAAGAGGCUUCUUAUGAAGAGGAUUCUUAUGAAGACUUCUUUUCAUCAUUUAACUUGAACAAAAAUGAAGUACAGAUACAAGUACCAAAGGAGUCGCAGAAUCCUCCUGAAAUUUCUUGCAAAGACUCUUUUGCAAGCAUGGACUCGCUUGGUUUGAGUUUCUGUAAGCCACGUAGUACUUCCAAGGAAAGUGGGAAAAGGUCUAUUUCCGCAAAUGAUCUUUCAGUAAAGGAAAACUUAAAACCAGCUGAGAAUUCUGGAAGUGUGCCAUUAAAUUAUAUGUCACCUGGUGAAAAAGAUGACACUGCAGAAGCUCUAGAUUCUGAUGAUGUGAAUAGGCUGCCUCAGCAUGCUUAUGAAAAAUCCUACACAACCAAUAUGAAUUGCAGUACUUACACUAAUGGUGAUGAAAAUCAAGUUUCAGAGUGUCCUGCUACUGAUGGCUGUUGCAGGAAGUUUAAUGAACAAAAGAAUAAGAACAAUGGUGGGUUAAGAAAAAAAAGAAGACUCCAACAGCCAGCAAGGACACUAGUUAUGACAAGUAUGUCUCCUGAGAAGCAAAAUACAGUAAUUCAAGUGGUGAAUAAACUUGGAGACUUUUUGUUCUCAGAUGACGUGUGUGAAUCAACAAGUCAUGUAGUUACAGGGAGUCCUCGUCGUACCUUGAAUGUUAUGCUGGGAAUUGCUCGUGGGUGUUGGAUUGUUUCUUAUGAAUGGCCACCCCUUUGAGAAGGCUGGGGGUACACAGGAAGUUGGGAGGGGACUCACCUGGGACAGCCGACCCCAGCUGACCGAAGAGAUUUUUCCAUGCCAUCUGACAUCAUGCCUAGCUAUAAAACUGGGAGGGGUUUUUCCAAAGCAGCCGUAGCUCAUAGGCUGGAUGGGCUUCAAGCUGCUGGUGGGAAUGAUAACUUUUACAUCGCUUGGAUUUUUUACUUCUUUUUUUCCUUCCCCUUCAAUUAUUAACUAUCUUAAUCUUAACCCAAAGUUGUUUGGGUUUGGGUUUUUUUUUCUUACUUUUGCCCAUCCGAUUCUCCCUAUUCUGCUGGGGUGAGGAGUAGUGACAGAGUGCAAGUCUUACCUGUCAGUCCAGGGUUAAGCCACAAUUGCCCACUGUUAUAAUAGUGAUUAGCCAUUCAAUCUGAUAUUGCAGAUGACAGUUUUUCAUCUUUCCUUAUCUUUUCAGAGCUAUAAAACUUACCUGUUGGAAUGUAUAUGGAAAUAGCUCUUCAUCUUACACAUCUUAUACUUUAAAUUUGUUUCCUUUUUCUUAUAAAUACUUUAAAAAUUAGCUGGUGAGAUGAAAAAGAACUGCUGCAUUUUUGUUUUCAGGAUGUCUGGCACUUACCAGUAUGAAGUAUGUCCUUCAUGGUAUACAUGUAGUUAUCUGAAGAAGUAUACUUUGGGGUUUUCAAAAGUUUUUGGUGAUUAAUUUCCCUUGGAAUAAAGGAGUUUGCAUCUUUGGUCACCUUAACAAUUGAGUAAUGUGCCUUUGUAGCAAAAAACCCAAUAGCAUCCUCAGUUGCAUUAAGAGGAACAUACUUCAGCAGGGCGUUUGGACAGUCUCUACAGGUGCGUUACAACCUCAACUACUCUAUGUGUCUAUGAAUUAAACAUGUUGAAAUAUCUGUCCCACACUUAGGUUUGUAUGGAGUUUUAAGUAACAACAUAUUUGCUCAAAGUUAUUUUCUUAUUACAGGGUAGUCAAACAUAAAAUCUGUAUAUAUCCUUGGGAAAAAGCAUCUAAUAACUACUAAAAUAGCUAAAGAUGUAGGUAACUACCACAAAAAUACAGUAAGAUAGUUUUCUAUCUUUGUAUAUAAGGCAUUAUUCGGAAAUUCGUAUUCAGGUAGUUGAUGUCUGGUAAUUUCAUUGCCCAUUUUAUGCACUGCACUUCUGUGAACCAAUCCACAGUGAAAAUAUCAACACAUGCUCUUCAUAGUCCCAUUGACUAGUAGCAAUGCCAAUUUUUUUCCUGAUGUCUUAAGGUCUACCUCUUAGAAUCAUCACAGGGUUAUCUACAGUCCACAUAUAAUACCAAAAGUUAAAUGGAAUUGUUCCGAGGAUCAAUUUGCACCUGUAAAUAUUACUGGAUCAAAUGGCGAAGCUAUCUUCACCCAUUUCAUUGAAUUGCUAUUUGACAAAGUUCUGAAGUUACUAGGAGAACCACAUGAGAAGGAACUAGAGGA